AUGUAUCAUAUUUUACAGGCUUCUUGUAUUCAACAGCCUGUGAGAUGUUUGAACAUUCAUGAAUUUCAGAGCAAACAGUUAAUGGCAGAUAAUGGAAUUCAAGUUCAGCGUUUUAAAGUAGUUGAUUCAAUUGAACAAGCGGAUCUUAUUGCUAAUACAUUUGGUAACUUAAUAGGAUUUCGUUUCUUUUCAGCCGUAGAAAUCCGACGCAUUUCCGUGCCAAAGUGGGUUCAGAAUGGAACUGAUUCUGUGAUUUUAGACUGUGAAUACGUCUACAACGAGAACGACAUCAGACUGGUGGUAAAGUGGUUCUUCAACGAUAACUUGGAACCGGUAUACCAAUGGAUACCAGAACUGAACAUGCGACAUACAUCGGGAAUACUUCAGGGUCGUUUAGAUCUGAAUUUCAGCGUGAACACGGUCGACGCUUAUUCUCGUUACAGGGCUCUGAAGGUCUUGAAUCCAACAACGGAGCUAAGUGGCAAAUACACUUGUCUCGUGACAUCACUAGCGGGGCAAGACUCCCGGGAACAGAACAUGACAGUUUAUGUUCCUGCCGCUACCUUCGACGUUAAUUAUAUCGAAACCGGGAAGGAUCUCAACUUAACGUGUGAAGCUCAAGGUCUAUAUCCUCGUCCCAAUCUUCGACUUUAUCUAUUGUCGUCGGGGGAGACUAUGAGGCAACAGUUAGAUUCAAAGAAGACGGUGGAGAAACAGUCUCACGGCGUAUAUAACAUCCAACUUCAUCGGAUGAUACCAUCGUUGGGACUACAAAAGUCUGAAGGAUCGGUCUUUGAAUGCCAACUUGAAAUUCAGGGGUCCACCUAUACCAGCACAAAGAGAAUCGCUUAUUAUCCAGGCAUCGCCAGACCGGCUUCUGACAUGACAAGGGACUUGACGGCAGGAGUUCGAGUAUUUAUUCCUUGGUCAAAAGUGUGGAUAACGACACUAGCAAUCACGGUGCCAAUGAUAGGGAAAAUGUUCAUCACAGCGGCAUCACCGAUUUGCAAGAAACAAUUCUGUUGAACAUCACAAAUGCAAGUGACAAGUAUAUUGGAAAACUGAGAGAAAUUAUUUCGCUCUUGGAAAUUCUGUUACCGAAUGGAAGUAACAGCGAUUGUAUAUGUCGGCAUAUCGUGCACUUUGUUAUUUAAAAAAAAAAAAUUAAAAAAAAGCGGCAAUGACGUUUUCUCUGGAUGGGAAGUUGUGAUUUUCGCGUCUAGCCUUCACCCGAAGAAGCCAUGCAUAUUGUAGUGUCCACAGAUGUUGUAUUCUGGGUAACUUUUUAAAGCUGUACAUAUUGAAUUUUGAAUGGUUCUGAUCCUUUAAUCCGUUUAUUGAUAUUAUUAAAGACGUGUUGAAUACAGAUUGUAUUCUGCUAUCGAAUUCACCGACCAAUAUUUUAUGUUUUUUCUAGUCAUAUCA